GCCGCGUCACUGACUGAAUGUCAUUGGAUUUAUAAAUACGAUCAGCUCCAGAAAUAGGUGGCUACAGGUUUUCCAGGCGUAUCGACUAAAAUAAAUUAGCCUGGAUUCGGUUAACAAUAUUAUUGUCUUGAGCGUACGCGGCGACCGACAAUAGUGAGUCUCUCUGCUUUCGCUUCUGCUUUCCUAUUAUUUUAAUUUGUGUCGCUAUGGAUGAGGAUGAAAUGCAACAGUUUUCUUUGCGCUGGCAUAAUCACCAGAGUAGUGUAAUCGGCGCCCUAGGGCGCAUGCUGAGCACCGGAGCCCUAACUGAUGUCACCUUGAACGCCAGCGGGACUUCGCUGCGGGCCCACAGGCUGGUACUGGCAUCAUGCAGCCAGUACUUCGCGCAACUUUUCAAGGAGGUGGAGGCUGAAAACACCCUCGUCGUAGUCCUAAGCUGCGAAGCUACGGAACUGCGGUUAUUGCUGACGUUCAUGUACACGGGGGAGGUCACGGCGUCUAAGGAGGUGCUGCCGUCGCUGCUGCGGCUGGCGCAGACCCUCAAGGUGUCCGGGCUGACCGACGCUGACACUAACCCAACCCCACACCCAGCCGAACCAGAACCUCAAGAACCCCGACAAUCUCCAACUUUUGAGCCCAAACCCGACUUACCCGACCCAAAAAGCUUCGACGAGCCAAUGGAGAAAGAAUACACGAGCGGGAUGCACGAUGCGAUCAGAAACGAGAAGGACAGACUGAGCAAGCUGGAUCAGAUCGUGCAGAAUUUGUAUAGUACACACAAGAUUGGCAAUCCAGUUGGGAAUAUGACGCCUCCGAUUAUGCCUAAUUUAGCAGAUCCCCCCGAACCGUUCGACCGCAAAUGGCGUCUCAACAGCUCGGUAUGUACCAUCUGUCACAAGCGGCUCAGCAACCAGUACAACCUGCGCGUGCACAUGGAGACGCACGCGGGGCGGCGGCACGCGUGUCGCGCCUGCAGCCACGUGUCGCGGUCGCGCGACGCGCUGAGGAAGCACGUCGCGUACCGACACGCGACUAACCGGGAUAAGGCGAUCUGAC